UGUGUGUGAGCUAUAAAGUUUCCUUUUCUUUACAUCAUGCUGCUCUUGUAGGUAACUCUCUUAUAGGACUUUCUGAAACACCAUGAAGUGGGUUUUAAGACCUGGCAUCACUGUGAUGGUUUACCUGCUGAUGCAGCAGUGCCAAGCCUUCAUCGUCACAGAAUCGAUGGUGAAUGAAGCCCUGACCCUCCCGUGUAACUGCUCAGGAAAUUGUCCAGCGGUUCAGUGGAUCCGCUUCAUUCCUGACAAAGUUGUCAUUGUUCAGCAGAUGUGUUCAAAACAAGAGCAUUUUAACAAAAGAUUUACACUACCAGGAGAUACAAGCAGAGGAAAUUUCUCCCUGAUGAUCAGUUCAGUAGCCUACAAUGAUGCAGGCUCUUACAUGUGCAGUUGUAAUGAAAUAUCAGUGACUGAAGUAAAGCUGAAAGUUAUCAUUCCGACAGUUGUAAAGGCUUUCGAGGGGAAGAACGUCACUCUCCCGUGUUACGGAGACACUCGACAAGUCGUUAAAGAUGUAAAGUGGAAGAAAGAUGGACACGAGGUUCUGCUGUACACUCCUGCAAACAGACCGAUGACUAAACAAAACAGAUUCACGAUGUCAGUAGAAGGCUUUCUAGACGGUGAUCUCUCUCUUCACAUCAGUCCAGUUCACCUGUCUGAUACAGGAUUAUAUCAGUGUCUCAUCCACGAUGAAUCUCAGGACGGAGAACCACGAGCUGUGUUACUGAAGGUAGAAGCGCAACAACAAUUCACAACCACCAACAGCGCUAAAGUUUCAGGAUGGUUUGUACUGCUGGUAUUGUUCAUCUCUGUAGGGAUCAACAUCAUCGUCCUGAUCAUUUAAAUUACAUGAGAAAAUGCUGAGACCAGAUUUACUCCAAGCCUGCAGGAUCUUUCUCAUCUCACACUGUUGUGUAUUUGCA